AUGCUCCUUCGGAAAAGCAUCCCCUACAUCAAAAUAUGCCGAGAUAUAAGCGCUUCCGUCCGAAAUAACAAGGAAAUUGCGCAGAAACUCCCGCUCUCCGUGCCUCUGCCAAUGGAAAACAACUCCAAAUCAAUAGAAAAAGGAUGCCCGCCAAUGGGAAGAAACUCGAGGGUUACUAGACUUCCGAACGGCCUGAAAGUUUGCACAGAAGACACUUACGGCGAUUUUGUGACUGUUGGCGUCGCGAUUGAGAGCGGCUGCCGCUAUGAAAAUGGUUUUCCGUUUGGAAUUUCGAGAAUUGUGGAGAAACUUGCUUAUAAUUCAUCGGAAUCGUUCUCAAGCCGCGACGAAGUCUUUGCAAAACUCGAGGAAAACAGUGGAAUUGUGGAUUGUCAGAGUACACGUGACACAAUGAUGUACGCGGCGAGCUGCCAUCGUGACGGAGUGGAUUCUGUAAUUCACGUACUAUCCGACACUAUUUGGAAGCCAAUUUUUGACGAACAAAGUCUCGAACAGGCGAAACUAACAGUUUCCUACGAGAAUCAAGAUCUACCGAAUCGAAUUGAAGCCAUCGAAAUUCUCCUUACUGACUGGAUUCAUCAAGCGGCUUUUCAGAAUAAUACUAUAGGAUAUCCGAAAUUUGGCAACAAUUCGAUGGAUAAAAUUCGAGUUUCUGAUGUUUAUGGGUUUUUGAGCAGAGCUCAUACUCCUCAAAGAAUGGUUGUUGGAGGAGUCGGCGUCGGCCACGACGAAUUCGUUUCCAUCAUUUCUCGUCACUUUGACCUCAACAAAUCCACGUGGACUACACAACCGACAGUACUUCCCGCCAAAAUCCCGGAAAUUGACGAAUCCCGUGCUCAAUACACUGGCGGAGAGCUCCGAUUGGACACUGAUUUAACGAAAUUGACAAUUGGAAAACCGUAUCCACUAUUGUCACAUGUUGUACUUGGACUGGAAGGAUGUAGUUAUAAGGACGAGGAUUUUGUGGCAUUUUGUGUGCUACAAUCACUUUUAGGCGGUGGUGGAGCUUUUUCUGCUGGCGGCCCCGGAAAAGGAAUGUACGCCCGAAUGUACACAGAACUAAUGAAUCGACAUCACUGGAUCUACAGUGCAAUUGCACAUAAUCACUCAUAUAGUGAUAGUGGUGUGUUCACAGUUACAGCAAGCUCCCCACCGGAAAAUAUCAACGAUGCUCUGAUUCUUCUUGUUCAUCAAAUCCUUCAACUUCAACAGGGCGUCGAGCCGACUGAGCUCGCGAGAGCCAGAACUCAACUCAGAAGCCAUUUAAUGAUGAAUUUGGAAGUACGACCAGUGUUAUUUGAGGAUAUGGUCCGACAAGUGUUGGGACACGGCGACAGAAAACAGCCAGAGGAGUAUGCGGAGAAAAUUGAAAAAGUGACCAAUUCGGACAUCAUUCGUGUCACAGAACGUCUGCUAGCCUCCAAGCCAUCACUGGUCGGAUACGGUGAUAUUAAAAAGCUCAAAGAUCUACGAUCACUGGAUCAGGCGGUCGCUAAACGAGAUUUGAAAUAUUUGUUCAAUUGAUCAUUGAUUUUUAGGGGUUUUUUUAGCAUAGUUUUUUUCUUGUUUGUUGUACUGUUUUUUCUGUUUUUUUUUUUAAUUUAAUAAUUUCAAUAAAUCAUUAUAAUAAAAUCAAUAAAAUAUUA